AUGCAGUCCCGGCUUCUGCUCCUCGGCUCCUCCGGUGCGACCGGAGGCGGAGGCAGCGGCGGAGGCAGCUCGGCCGCGCGGAGAGUGAGGCUCAUUCUGCGGCAGGUGGUGCGGGGCCGUCCGGGCGCCGAGGGGCUCAGGCUCCGGCACACCGGGGCAGGGGUCGACGCAGGUAAUACAAUUCAUAUUGGAGAUGUGUCUUAUAAGCUGAAAACCCCCAAGAAUCCAGAAUUUGUACCAAAGAACUAUGUUUCAGAUUCAUUGGCACAAACUGUGGUUCAGCAUCUAAGAUGGAUAAUGCAGAAGGAUCUUUUGGGGCAAGAUGUCUUUCUAAUUGGCCCUCCUGGACCUCUUCGACGUUCUAUUGCUAUGCAGUACCUGGAGCUGACCAAGCGGGAGGUAGAAUAUAUAGCACUGUCCAGAGAUACUACUGAAACUGAUCUGAAACAAAGAAGAGAGAUCCGGGCUGGAACUGCUUUCUACAUUGACCAGUGUGCUGUGCGUGCUGCCACAGAAGGUAGAACCCUUGUGCUAGAAGGCUUGGAGAAGGCAGAAAGGAAUGUCUUGCCUGUUUUGAACAACUUACUGGAGAACAGGGAGAUGCAGCUUGAAGAUGGACGUUUCCUCAUGUCUGCUGAACGUUACGACAAACUCCUAAAGGAUCACACCAAAACAGAGCUAGAUACAUGGAAGAUUGUUAGAGUUAGUGAAGAUUUUCGAGUGAUUGCCCUGGGCUUACCAGUACCCAGGUACACUGGAAAUCCUUUAGAUCCUCCUCUUCGAUCUCGAUUUCAAGCCAGAGAUAUUUAUUAUCUACCUUUUAAGGACCAGCUUAAAUUGUUAUACUCAAUUGGGUCCAAUGUUUCUGCUGAGAGGGUUUCUCAAGUAUUGUCAUUUGCUACAACACUCUGCUCUCAAGAAUCUUCUACACUUGGACUUCCUGAUUUUCCUUUAGAUAGUUUACCACAUGCAAUUCAAAUCCUGGAUUUCUUUCCUGCAAUGUCAAUCCAGAAUUUAAUCCAGUGGCUUUACCCUUACACAAUUUUACUAGGACAUGAUGGCAAGAUGGCAGUGGAAGAUGUCUUAAAACGCUUUGAACUACAGGAUUCAAGAAACUCUUCUCUUCCGAUAAGGAUUGUGAAAAUAGAAAGCAUUGCUGGAAACCCAGGCUGUCAAGCUGCUGUGACUUUUCAGUUGGGGAACAAAGAAACAACCUUAAAGGUACCAGCUGGGACCAGGCCAUUAAAUCAACAUUCUGAAUCAAACCAUUUCAUAAAGACUUUAAGCCAUAAGCAGCUGUUGGCCGAAAUGAUGCAGUCUCAUAUGGUUAAAGAUAUGUGUUUAAUUGGAGGAAAAGGUUGUGGAAAAACAGUUAUUGCUAAGGAGUUUGCUGAUGCUCUAGGUUAUGCCAUCGAGCCUAUCAUGCUGUAUCAGGAUAUGACAGCCCGUGAUUUGCUGCAGCAGAGAUACACCCUUCCCAAUGGAGAUACUGCUUGGAGGUCUUCUCCACUUAUUACUGCUGCUUUAGAGGGAAAGCUUGUUCUCUUGGACGGCAUUCAUCGUGUCAAUGCUGGUACACUUGCUGUACUGCAAAGGUUAAUCCAUGAUAGAGAACUGGCUUUAUAUGAUGGCUCAAGGCUACUGAGAAAGGACAGGUAUCAGCAUUUAAAAGAAGAGCUACAACUAUCUGAUGAACAACUAAAGAAGAGGUCCAUAUAUCCCAUCCAUCCAUCCUUCCGGAUCAUUGCCUUGGCUGAACCUCCUGUCAUAGGAAGCAGCUCACAGCAGUGGCUGGGACCAGAAUUCUUAACUAUGUUCUUUUUCCAUCAUAUGAAACCUCUGGUCAGAAGUGAAGAAAUACAAGUGAUUAAAGAGACGGUUUCAAAUGUACCUCAGGAUGCAGUGGAGAAAUUAAUAUCAUUUACACACAAACUUCGAGAGACACAAGACCCAACAGCACAGUCACUUGCAGCAUCUCUGUCUACCCGGCAGCUGUUACGAAUUGCUCGUCGAUUAUCAAAGUAUCCUGAUGAAAGUCUUCACAAAGCUGUACAUAAAGCUUGCCUAUCAAGGUUUUUACCAAGCCUUGCAAGAUCAGCAUUAGAGAAGAAUCUACUGGAUGCUAGAAUUGAAGCAACCACUGAUAAUCAUCUAGAAACAGAACCAAAGGAUUAUAGAUGUGAAAUAAAAUCUGGAUCUCUGAAGAUUGGAAAUAUUAGCAUACCGGUCCAUAAUACCAAUGAGAAAAUGAAAGUGCCUGAUGUUUUAUUUUAUGAAAAUUUCCAACACAUGAUACUGAUGGAAGAUAUGCUCAAAGAUUUUCUUCUGGGAGAACAUCUGCUGUUGGUUGGUAACCAGGGUGUAGGAAAAAACAAGAUUGUUGACAGAUUUCUUCACCUGCUUAACAGACCUAGAGAAUAUAUUCAACUACAUAGGGAUACAACUGUACAGACACUUACUCUUCAGCCUUCCGUAAAAGAUGGUCUUAUUGUCUAUGAAGACUCUCCACUGGUGAAAGCAGUCAAGAUGGGAUAUAUUUUGGUUGUAGAUGAGGCAGACAAAGCCCCAACAAAUGUUACCUGUAUUUUGAAAACUCUUGUAGAAAAUGGAGAAAUGAUUCUAGCAGAUGGGCGAAGAAUUGUUGCAGAUGCUGCUAAUGUGAAUGGAAGAGAAAAUGUUAUAGUGAUUCAUCCUGAUUUUAGAAUGAUUGUCCUGGCCAACAGACCUGGAUUUCCUUUCUUGGGCAAUGAUUUUUUUGGCACUUUAGGUGAUAUUUUUAGCUGCCAUGCAGUUGAUAAUCCUAAACCACAGUCUGAACUUGAGAUGCUCAGACAAUAUGGACCAAAUGUUCCAGAGCCAAUCCUUCAGAAGCUUGUUGCUGCAUUUGGAGAACUGAGGCACUUAGCAGAUCAGGGAAUUAUUAAUUAUCCAUAUUCUACCAGAGAGGUCGUCAACAUAGUCAAACACUUACAGAAAUUUCCCAAUGAAGGACUUGCCAGUGUGGUGAGGAAUGUGUUUGACUUUGAUUCCUACAAUAGUGAUAUGAGGGAGACUUUGAUGAACACUUUACACAAAUAUGGGAUACCUAUUGGAGCAAAACCUACCAGUGUGCAGUUGGCAAAGGAGUUACCAUUGCCAGAGCAGACAUUCAUGGGCUACUGGACAAUCAGUCCGCCAAAAAAUGGAAUGCAAAAAUUUUUGAGUCCAGCAGAAACUCAGCACAUCGACUUAAAGGGUCCACUGCAUUUAAACUUCCAAGAAUAUCCUUUAGAGAGACAAGAAGGAAGGACCCUAACUUUUACUGAAGAAUGUGCUUCUUGGAAAUUGCCAAUGGAUGAAGUUAACAUAGUCUGUGACAUUGCUGUUGCACAAGAAAAUGAGGAAAGUAUCCUCUACGUGGUUACAUGCAAUCCUGUUGCUUUAUAUUUUAUGAAUAUGUCUGGGAACAGAGGUCACUUUGUGGACUUUUAUGAUCUAUUUCCAAGGACAUCCAGCGGAGUGUGGCAUCCCUUUGUGACUGUAGCACCUCUGGGAAAUCCCCUCAAAGGUCUCGUGAUUCUUCAUGAAGAGCAGAGUAAUGCUAUCCUGUUGUUAGAUACCAGGGACCGAACCCUCCGAAGGCUUGUCCUCCCUUCAGAAGAUGAGUUUGGCGCUAUGAAAACUGGUUGGUGGAGCAGGGAGGAAUCUGGACCUUAUAAAAUGUGUAAAGAAUUUUCACACAAAAACUGGCUUGUAUUCUACAGAGAAAAAGGAAAUAGCCUGAUUGUGCUAGAUGUCCUAGAGGGACAAACACACACUAUCUUCCUUCCCAUCAGCCUCAAGUCGGUUUUCCUAGUAGCUGAAGACAGAUGGCUCCUGAUUGAGAACAAUACAAAUCAGAAAUUCCUUUUAGCCAAGCCUGGACAUGUGGAAUCCAAAGAAAAAGGAGUUUGCCAGUUGCAUAUAUUAAAAGAAGAGCCAGUGAACACAGGAUUUGGAUUUACAAAAGAAUCAGAACUCAAUAUACCACAUAAAGUUUCAAGCAACCAACUAUCAUCAGAAAAUCUAAGCUUAGCUGUUGGACAAAAGAUUGCCUCUCCUAACCGGAUUCUCUCUGAUGAGAAUAAUUAUGCUACUGUGCUUGUUGGUUUCCCAGAUCUAAUGUCACCCAGUGAAGUUUAUUCCUGGAAAAGACAGUCAUCUUUGGGCGCACAGAUUGUAUCUACAUCUAUGUUGUAUAAAGGAAAAAGUAAAUCCGGAACACCAAAACAGAACAAUUGUGUGAUUCUAUUAGAUUCUAACCAAGUGGUCAGAAUCUUGCCCCCUGGAGAUGUACCUUUAAAAGAAAUUUUUCCAAAAGAUGUUACUCCUCCACAAACAUCUGGAUAUAUAGAAGUUACAGAUCUUCAAUCAAAAAAACUUAGAUACCUCCCUAUUCCUGGAUCAGACUUUCUCUCUCCAUACACAACAUGGAUCUCUACUAUUUCAGACACAGAUGCUCUUUUGGCUGAGUGGGGCAAAGGUGGUGUUGUUACCGUUGAUAUGGGAGGCACUGUCAGGCUUUGGGAGACUGGACUUGAACAUCUGCAGCGGUCUCUUCUGGAAUGGAGAAACAUGAUUGGGCAAGAAGAAAAAGCUGCACAGAUAACCAUCGACAGGGAUAGUUUUGAAGAUGUAAGCUCCCCCAAACAUGGAAAAGAGGACCCAGAGAAUGAACCCCAUGUAGGGGGCAAUACUUGGGCUGGUGGAACAGGGGGAAGAGACACUGCUGGUCUAGGUGGCAAAGGCGGACCGUACAGGUUGGAUGCGGGCCAUAACGUGUACCAGAUAUCUCAAGCAGAGAAAGAUGCUGUCCCUGAAGAAGUGAAGAGAGCCGCAAGAGAGAUGGGCCAAAAGGCUUUUCAGCAAAGGUUAAAAGAGAUUCAGAUGAGUGAGUAUGAUGCUACCACUUACGAGAGGUUUUCAGGUGCUGUCCGGCGACAAGUGCAUGCCCUCCGGAUCAUCUUGGAUAAUUUGCAGGCCAAGGGCAAAGAAAGGCAAUGGCUGAGACACCAACCUACUGGGGAGUUGGAUGAUGCCAAGAUAAUCGAUGGCUUGACUGGAGAAAAAGCCAUCUACAAACGUCGGGGAGAAAUGAAGCCAGAAUAUGAUAUCGCUGGACACUCUGGAGAUGGUUACGUUAAACUGGUUCCACUGGAUAAAAUCCCCAAGGACAAUAAGCAAAGACUUCAGAUUCUGAAGACCAUGUACGCCCAUGCACAAUUCUGCAUGAGUGGAGACUCUACAUUAGAAGGAACCGAACAUGCCAUCAACGAGAUUGCCAAGGAGGAUGCCGAUGAGUACUUUGUCAUUGUCCUGAGCGACGCUAAUCUGGAACGCUAUGGCAUACCGCCCAUGAGGUUAGCCCAGAUCUUGACAGCCAACCCUCAAGUCAACGCGUUUGCCAUAUUCAUUGGAUCUCUGGGUGACCAAGCAGAAAGGCUUCAGAAAACUCUACCGGCUGGCCGCUCCUUUGUCGCCAUGGAUACCAAGAAGAUCCCUCAAAUUUUACAGCAGAUCUUCACUUCUACCAUGUUGUCCAGCAUUUAAGGAGGCCCGUGAGGGCCCUCUGGCUUAGCCACCACAAGAGGUAAAUGAAAGCAAGAAUUCAUAUCCCUCCGAAAAGGCCUUCUCAAGUUAGAGGGGAGACUAGAACAUCUUCAUCUGUGUUUUCCCAGGACUCUCUAAAUGCUCUGUAUUCUCAGUCAAAUGACCCAGGUGUGGGGCUUGCCUAUUGAGAUUUGCAGUCAUUCAUUCAUUAAAAGCUCAAGAAUUUAGUAGAUCUACACCUGGCAGAGGCCUUCGGAGAAGUGAGGUGGCCAACCCAUCUCUCCCCCAGGCAAGCAUAUGACACAGAGCUGAUGCCACCCUCAGAAUGAUGGAAACAGGAGUCAUUGUCCAUCCAGGCCAACCUGCUCUUGUCCAGGAGCUCCUGCCACCCACCUCCUCUGCUCUCUGCGGCCCCCGGAGUUCCUGAGGACGAUCGAGUUAGAGUCUUCGUGGGGAACUGAAAGUGCUGCAGAGAUAGUGCUAAGGGCAUCCCAGAAAAGGCUGGAAUCCCUCCAUAACUGCCUUUUCUUGAAGCUAAGCCAGAAGGACUCCAAGGACUCUUGGAUGGCCUUUUCUCCCCACAGAAUUGGAAACAUCGGCACUACUGUCACUUUCCUAGGAAGUAAGUAAGACCAAAGGCCCUCUUCUGUCUGCCGCCAGGGAGAAGGGAGCAGCAAGAGAAGAGUUCAUUCAUUCAACAAACGCUGAUUCUCCGCCUUAUGAUUUCUUCCCAUUUCGCUGGUUCUUCCCAAAAACUCCUUCCACUACUUCAUUUAAGUAUACAAAACCCCAAACUAGUCAUGAUGCCUGUCAACAAGAAAAACAUGAUUUGAGGAGACAGUUCAUAGGAGGAGGGUUACCUCCCCAAAACAAAAAGAUACUCCUAAAGCUAAAAGAAACUAAAGGUAACAGGAGGGCACAAGAGGCCCCAGAGAGGCCCCGGAGAACGGGGGCACCUUUGCUGGGGGGGGGGGACCCUCCCUGGUGCCUUUCCUCCCCUCAUCACUGACUUGCUUCAGCUGCUUGGCCUCAGCUCGCCACUGACCCUGGAGUCGGGAAAACAAAAGCCUAGAAAUAAUAUAAGCUCCAAACUGACUAGGAAUUGAAGCUGUAUGUUGCUCAUGAUGUCUUCUUAAUUAAGCCUGGGAGUAUGGGAAGGAUGACAGGCCAGCGUGUUCCACCCUCCAUAAUUAACUGUCCAAUAAAAAGCAAUCCAA